CCCCGGCCAUCUUAAUAGAAUCCCGUCAUAAAAUCUGGGCGAAUGAGCACUGAGUUUUGUAUCAACUGUGGGCGUUGUUUUUACACUACUCAGUAAUACCGAUGUUCUUUGGCUGAAAACGACGGACAUACGACAACAAAUACUUUAAUUGAACAAAUGUGCUACAUGUCAUGCAUGGGAGGGUUCCAAGUGGCACUGAACCACUGCUGACCUUCGCACGCGGAAGUGUGUAUCCACUUGCAAAAGUGAGAAGGUGCGCUGAUAAACAUUCUUAAAAUGUGGCUCAUUGUAGCAAUCGUUUGUCCGGUUCUAGCUGUAUUCCUAUACAAAUAUGUGUUCCGUACAUCCGGACCAAAUCCUUUUGAUAUUGACACUCGUGAGCCGCUUAAACCAUUGGUCACCCAAAAGAAGGAGAAAAACAAAGUUCUGAAGCAGGGUGAGUCUCUUGGACACAAGGCUUGACAGAUCACCAAUGCAUGCACGAAAUAUAGUUUCCUAGGAAUAUGUGCCCAAACAGAUUUACAUUUUGUAAUUAUUUUUUGGCACCCUUGUCCUGUGUGUGUUUCGAAAGCUAUAUCAUGUUGCCAGAGGUGGGUAGUAACGAGUUACAUUUACUCCGUUACAUUUACUUGAGUAAGUUUUUGAAAAAAUUAUACUUCUAGGAGUAGUUUUAAAUCACUAUACUUUUUACUUUUACUUGAGUAGAUUUGUGAAGAAGAAACUGUACUCUUACUCCGCUACAUUAGGCUACAAUGAGGUCAUUACACAGUUUAUGAGUUUAUGGGCUGCCUCGUUCUAGUUCUGCCUGGUAAAAAAAAGUAUAAAGGUUUUGAAAUUUGUGUUACUUGUGCUUAUUUAUUUUGUAUUUAUUAUUAUUUUAUUUAUUUACAUUUUUAAGUACUUGAAUUUACCUGAAUUAUUUUAAUUUAAGCUAUUUUGUAAUUAAUUGUAAUUAAUUUUAUUGAUUGGAUGAACUAUAAUUUGCCUAAAGAUGAUUAUUUUGUAUUUUUGUCUGUCUAAUUGUUGUCUUGUGUUAAAACAUAAAUCAGACGUUACUCAACAGUUACUCGGUACUUGAGUAGUUUUUUCACCAAGUACUUUUUUUUACUCUUACUCAAGUAAUUAUUUGGAUGACUACUUUUUACUUUUACUUGAGUCAUAUUAUUCUGAAGUAACAGUACUUUUACUUGAGUAAAUUUUUUGGCUACUCUACCCACCUCUGCAUGUUGCGUAAUGAAAUUGCUCUGUCGUUCACAUUUAUCGCAAGAGCAUUCAUUUGAAGGAGGAGAGCAGGUCAGGGAACUAUUUCGUCUGUUAGAACCGCUGACAUACCGAUUUACAAUAUUUACAAAUUCACUGAUUGUCAAAUGCAGUACUGCGUUACAAGCUGGAUAAGGCUCCUAUACUGCAGUCAUGACUGAGCCCAUUGUUGAACUGCAAUCCACCCCGUAUUAUAUCAUGUUAAUAGUUGCUACACACACAUUUGUUUCAGUACCAUUAGCCAGGUUUUAAUCCAAUUUGCGACAGAUUUUCAUGCGAAUAUUCAUAAAAUAAAUGCGCAUUUUCCACCAGACGUGUUUCCAUCAAACCGACUUUUUGCGGAAUAAAGGCUGUGCGUGAUUACGCAGCGCACAAAAUUAAUUAAUCGCGUAAUUAAUUUUACCGACACAAAAAUAUCCCACCAUGUCGAACGAACAAAUUCUGUCGGCAUUUAGGCCUAUAAAAUUGUACCGGCAUUUUAAUGUUUCCAUUAAAAUGCGGUCAAUACUUUUUUCAUGGGUCAGGUAAUUCAUCCGCAUGAAAUGGUUAGACGGAAACGUGGUUAUAGGGUCUCUUUGCACAGGCCAGGGGAUUAUAUUGAUGGAACACCGCGUUAUUUGUUUCCUGUAAGAAGCUAUAACUGGCAAUAUCUCAGUGUUAAUUGUAUAUUUUUAUUACUCUUCCCCACCAGGUUUCUUGGCCAGUAAAAUACCUGAGAAACUAGAUGCCAUUGUCAUUGGCAGUGGAAUUGGUGGUCUUGGGGUGGCAGUGCUGUUGGCUAAGGUUGGGAAGCGGGUCCUGGUUCUGGAGCAGCAUGAUCGGGCCGGAGGCUGCUGCCACACCUUUACAGAGAAAGGCUUUGAGUUUGACGUGGGUGAGAAGGCUCUUAUCAGUUUACCUUUCCUUAUCUAGAAGGCAGCUAUCAGUUUACCUUUCCUUACUCAACGUGGUAGGUACCUUCCUUUACUCAGAAGUGGUAGUGGAGAUGAACAUAGUCUAUUUCUGUUGUUGGCAUAAACCAGGGAUGGGCAACUUUGAUGGUGAUUGGGUUCUGCAUGGUGGCUUGCAGUUCUGCAUACCUACAGUACCAGUCAAAAGUUUGGACGCACCUACUCAUUCAAGGGUUUUUCUUAAUUUGUAGUAUUUUCUACAUUGUAGAAUAAUAGUGAAGACAUCAACACUAUGAAAUAACACAUAUGGAAUCAUGUAGUAACCAAAAAAGUGUUAUACAAAUCAAAAUAUAUUUUAUAUAUGAGAUUCUUCAAAUAGUCACCCUUUGCCUUUAUGACAGCUUUGGACAAUCUUGGCAUUCUCUCAACCAGCUUCACCUGGAAUGCUUUUCCAAUAGUCUUGAAGGAGUUCCCACAUAUGCUGAGCACUUCUUGGCUGCUUUUCCUUCACUCUGCCGUCCGACUCAUCCCAAACCAUCUCAAUUGGGUUGAGGUCGGGGGAUUGUGGAGGCUAGGUCAUCUGAUGCAGCACUCCAUCACUCUCCUUCUUGGUAAAAUAGUCCUUACACAGCCUGGAGGUGUGUUGGGUCAUUGUCCUGUUGAAAAACAAAUUAUCGUCCCACUAAGCCCAAACCAAAUGGGAUGGCAUAUCGCUGCAGAAUGCAGUGGUAGCCAUGCUGGUUAAGUGUGCCUUGAAUUUUAAAUAAAUCAGACAGUGUCACCAGCAAAGCACCAUAACACCACCUCCUCCAUGCUUCACAGUGUUAAAUACACAUGCGGAUAUCAUCCGUUCACCCACACUGCGUCUCACAAAGACACGGCGCUAGGACACAUUUCCACCAGUCUAAUGUCCAUUGCUCGUGUUUAUUUUUGUAUUUUUUGUUUUACAAAAUUGUUUAGCUUAUAUUUAAAAAAAAAUGUUUUUGCUCAUGUUUCUUGGCCCAAGCAGUAGUGGUUUCUUUGCAGCAAUUCGACCAUGAAGGCCUGAUUCACACAGUCCCCUCUGAACAGUUGAUGUUAAGAUGUGUCUGUGACUUGAACUCUGUGAAGCAUUUAUUUGAGUUGCAAUUUCUGAGGCUAGUAACUCUAAUCAGCUUAUCCUCUGCAGCAGAGGUAACUCUGGUCUUUCUUUCCUGUGGCGGUCCUCAUGAGAGCCAGUUUCAUCAUAGCGCUUGAUGGUUUUUGCGACUGCACUUCUUGACAUUUUCCGGAUUGACUGACCUUAUGUCUUAAAAGUAAUGAUGGACUGUCGUUUCUCUUUGCUUAUUUGAGCUGUUCUUGCCAUAAUAUGGACUUGUCUUUUACCAAAUAGGGCUAUCUUUUGUAUUCCCCCCCUACCUUGUCACAACACAACUGAUUGGCUCAAACACAUUAAGAAGGAAAGGAAUUCCACAAAUUCACUUUUAACAAGGCACACCUGUUAAUUGAAACACAUUCCAGGUGACUACCUCAUGAAGCUGGUUGAGAGAAUGCCAAGAGUGUGCAAAGCUGUCAUCAAGGUAAAAGGGUGGCUACUAUGAAGAUUCUCAAAUACAAAAUAUUUUUUUGGGGGGAAUUGAUCCGCGGGCCUGGCUGCCAGUUGCCCAUCCUUGGCCUAAACUGACAGCAUGUCCUGGGCUGGCCCUAGCCUGGCUUUGUCUCUGAAGGGAAAAAAAUUGUGAGUUUAUGUAAGUGUAAAACUCUGUAAAUCACACGUGUCAUACUCAUUCCACGGAGGGCCGAGUUUUCGCUCCACCCUUGUACUUGAUUGAUUCAUUAAGGUCACUAAUAAGUAAUGAACUCUCCUCACCUGGUUUUCUAGGUCUUAAUUGAAAGGAAAAUACAAAAACCUGCAGACACUAGGCCCUCCGUGGAGUGAGUUUGACACCCCUGCUGUAAAUGCAAACUAUUAAUCAAUAAUACUGUGUCUUAUUCGGCCAUGUGAUGUGAGCUGGACAUCCUAAAGAUACAAGACACUCUAAUAAUACAAUUAAUAAAUCAGUCAUGCCUCCACCUCAGGUAUCCACUACAUCGGGGACCUGUUGGAGAACAAGCCCUUCCGCUGCAUGCUUGACCAGCUGACCAAUGGGCAGCUCCAGUGGGAGCCCCUGGACAACCCGUUUGACCAUGUGGUGUUGGGCCCUCCUGAGAACAGGCGCACCUACCCCAUCUACAGCGGCAGGAACCGCUUCCCUGACGAGCUGAAGAAGUUCUUCCCUGGGGAGGAGGCGGCCAUCGAUGAGUACAUGAGGCUGGUCAAGGUAUGGUGAUGUCAUCAGUAACAUUUUAAAUUUGAGUCAUUUAGCAGAUGCUCUUAUCCAGAGCGACUUACAGUUAGUGAGUGCAUACAUUAUACAUUUUUAACCUCAUACCGUAGACAUCAGUUGACAUGUGUUUGAAUGGAGCAGUCAUGGUGAUUGUUUGGUAUUUGUUGUUUAAGGUAAACUAAGUUAUGAGCUUUGCAAUAUGAAUCGACUACUAUGCUGCUGCUGGUGCUAAUGUUAGUGCUGUUAUUGGAAUUGGUGGUUUAUGCUGACUGCCUCGUGCUGUUAUCUGAGCUCAGAACCUUUUCCCUACUUAUUUCAGGGAUAGGUUGGGCUCUUUGCCAAGUGCAGGGAAUUGUGAGAUUGCACUUUGGCAAAGAGGAGCUACCAUCUGGGGACUGGUCUGUAAUGGUUGUGUUAUCUGUGUUGAGGGCAAGGGUUGUAGCGCCAAAGAGCGUAGAGAUGGAGUCAAUACUGUUUUUCUAACUUUGAUGAUUAGAGGUUUUACAUCGUGCUACCCAGACAACAUUGCAUCAGAGCACCAUGUGUGUAUCUGUCUACUUGGUACAGUUCAUCUGGAGUGAACGUUUGUUGCUGAUAAAGUCCGACAAUGCUGUCAAGGCAAGCUGACCAUGGCGUGCACUUUAUCGCAACAACAACCUCAUGAGGCUCCCUAAAUACUUUUAUACUUUUAGAUUUUAGAACUGAAUCAACGAUUAGUCUGUAGAUCUUCUUAUAGUUUUUUAAAUAAUUUUUUACUUUACUCUUCAGAAUACUUUUUUUUUUUUAAACACCACAAACCGCUAAGUGCUUUUUAUUUUUGUCUGUCAGUCAUCAUGCCUUCUAUCUGUCUGUCUGUCAUCAUGCCUUCUAUCUGUCUGUCAGUCAUCAUGCCUUCUAUCUGUCUGUCUGGCAUCAUGCCUUCUAUCUGUCUGUCUGGCAUCAUGCCUUCUAUCUGUCUGUCUGGCAUCAUGCCUUCUAUCUGUCUGUCUGGCAUCAUGCCUUCUGUCUGUCUGCACUGAGUGUACAAAACAUUAGGAACGCCUGCUCUUUCCAUUAUAUAGUCUGACCAGGUAAAUCCAGGUGAAAGCUGUGAUCCCUUAUUGAUGUAACCUGUUAAAUCCACUUCAAUCAGUGUAGAUGAAGGGGUGGAGAAAGUUUAUUUGUAUUUUUUUGAGACAAUUGAGACAUGGAUUGUGUAUGUGUGCCAUUGUAGAGGGUGAAUGAGCAAGACAAAAUAUUUAAGUGCCUUUGAACGGGUGAUGGUAGUACUGUACGUGCCAGGCGCAGUGGUUUGCAUGUCAAGAACUGCAGCGCUGCUGUUUAUUUCAAGCUCAACAGUUUCCCGUGUGUAUCAAGAAUGGGCCACCCCCCAAAGGACAUCCAGCCAACUUGACACAACUGUGGGAAGCAUUGGAGUCAACAUGGGCCACAUCCCUGUGGAACCCUUUCGACACCUUGUGGAGUCCAUGCUCCGACGAAUUGAGGCUGUUCUGAGGGCAAAAGGGGGUGCAACUCAAUAUUAGGAGGGUGUUCCUAAUGUUUGGUAUACUCAGUGUAUAUGUAUGCAUUCCAUCUACAGAAAGCAGGACACAACGUUUGGUUCAUGUGUCUGCUGAAGCUCGUUCCUGUCCCCCUGGCCAAGUUCCUGGUGUACACAGGCCUGGCCAAUCGUCUGUCAUUCUUCUUCCGCAUGGCGUCUCGCAGUGUGACCGAGGUGGUCAACGAGCUGACUGAGAACAAUGACCUCAGGGCCGUCUUCAGCUACAGCUUUGGCACUUACGGUAGGCUGCUGUAGUUCCUGACAGUGGAGAGCAUAACCACAGCCAUCUCAAAUGAUAGGCUGCGUCCAAAAGGGCACCCUAUUCCCUAUGUAGUUCACUAAUUUGUGCCAUUUGGGGGACACACACACACAAUCUCUCCACAUGGACCAAAUUAAUUCCAUCUCUUUUUGUAGUAUGUUUGGUUUUAUAAGAUUCCAUUUUGUUGUGUGUAACUGCAGGUAACAUGCCCAAAGAUGCCAGCUUCUCCAUGCACAGCCUGCUGGUCUGCCACUACCUGACCGGCGCCUGGUACCCAAUAGGAGGAGCCAGUGAGAUCGCCUACCACAUGAUCCCCAUCGUUGAGAAAGCCGGGGGGGCCGUGCUUGUCCGCGCCCCAGUCAACCGCAUCCUGUUCAACGACAACAAGGAGGCUAUUGGUGAAUAGGACUGAUUGAUUUAUUGGUUGACGGGUGAAUUGAUUGAUCACACAGAUGGUUUUGACCACCUCUGGUUCCCAUGGUUUCAGGUGUGAGCGUGAUGAAAGGUCAGGAGGAGGUCCAUGUGCAUGCUCCAAUGGUUAUCUCCGACGCUGGCAUCUUCAACACCUACCAGCACCUGCUGCCCAAGGAACUCCAGGCCAUGCCAGGUGGGUGAGGGUAUUAAGGUGUGUUAAAGUAUGUUCAAGAUGGCCGCGUUAAAAAUACUGAAUUGUUAGUUAACACUUGUAUCGAUGGCGUUUGUCUAAAUGUUGUUUCCUAAUCAUGUUUCUAUGAUCUUGUGAUGCCUAAUCAUUAGGGAUGUAACGAUUCAGUGAUACGCAUCGGUCCCUGGUUCAAAUGUUACGAAUCGCCUGUUCACAAUACUUUUUGUUGCUCAAAUUACUUUCUUUCUGCCUUCCGAAAAUACCUCUUGUGACACCUGCUUCCUCUCCUUCAGUGUCGAACUAAGCAUGGAGUUAUGUUGACAGUCAUUGAGCUUCAAGUCAUUUUGGAUGCCUAACAAACCCAGGCAAUAUCAGUAGCCUAGUUAAACUGCAUGCUUUGCGCGUUGACCAUUGAGAGGUAGGCCUAUUCCUGAUCUGGCACAUCUCUGCAUCACUUUCAGCUUUCAAAUGUUUGUAAAAUGGCUUGCGCAAUAUUAGGCUUUAUUAGUUGUGACAACCAAUGUAAUAUUCAUGGUUAUUUUCUAUGCACUGUUGAAAAUUGGGUUUUACCGGAAUAAAAGUAGCUUAAGCUACCGCCAGAGACACAACUCUCCUCUGACUAUAGGUAGGCUACAUGCUAAUCCGGGCUUGCAUUAGAUUUAAUUUGAUUGUUCAGGUUCAUCAUCAGCAAUAAUUUGGGUAGUUUGCUUGAGAAACAUUGCCCUCCCCUAACUGAUAGUGGGGUGGUAGAUGCCAAGUUUCCCUUAUGGCAUCAUUUACACACACACACAACUCCAUCAGUUGCAGAUUUAAAUUUAAGAUGAACGUGUUUAUGCAACAAAUGUUAGUGCAUCGAACCACAUCGAUUCGUUCCUCUAAUCAAACCGAAUCGCACCGGAUCGUUUCCAACUAAAACUUAUCGUAUCGGAGCCCAUGUAUCUACACUGAACAAAAAUAUAAAAGCAGCAUGCAACAUUUUCAAAAUAUUUACUGAGUUACAGUUCAUAUAAGGAAAUCAUUCAAUUGAAAUAAAUUCCUUAGGCCCUAAUCUAUGGAUGUCAUAUGACUGGGAAUACAGAUAUGCAUCUGUUAGUCACAGAUACCUUUAAAAAAAGGUAGGGGCGUGGAUCAGAAAACCACAGUAUCUGUGAAAUGUUGUCCCACUCAAUGGCUGUGCGAAGUUGCUUGAUAUUGUCGGGAACUGAACACGCUGUCGUACACGUCCAUCCAGAGCAUCCCACACAUGCUCAAUGGGUGACAUGUCUGGUGAGUAUGCAGGCCAUGGAAGAACUGUGACAUUUUCAGUUUCAAGGAAUUGUGUACAGAUCCUUGCGACAUGGGGCCGUGCAUUAUCAUGCUGAAACAUGAGGUGAUGGUGGUGGAUGAAUGGCAGGACAAUGGGCCUCAGGAACUCGUCACGGUAUCUCUGUGCAUUAACAUUGCAAUCAAUAAAAUGCAAUUGUGUUCUUUCUCUGUAGCUUAUGCCUGCCCAUACCAUAAGCCUACCACCCCCAUGGGGCACUCUGUUCAUAACGUUGACAUCCGCAAACCGCUCGCCCACACGACACCAUCUGCCCGGUACAGUUGAAACCGGGAUUCAUCCGUGAAGUGCACACUUCUCCAGCGUGCCAGUGGCCAUUGAAGGCUAUCAUUUGCCCACUGAAGUCGGUGACGACUCCGAACUGCAGUCAGGUCAAGACCCUGGUGAGAACAACGAGCAUGAGCUUCCCUCAGACGUUUUCUGACAGUUUGUGCAGAAAUUCUUCAGUUGUGCAAACCCACAGUUUAAUCAGCUGUCCAGGUGGCUGGUCUCAGACGAUCCCGCAGGUGAGGAAACCAGAUGUGGAGGUCCUGGGCUGGUGUGGUUACAUGUGGUCUGUGGUUGUGAGGCCGGUUGGACGCACUGCCAAAUUCUCUAAAAUGACAUUGGAGGAGGCUUAUGGUGGCGAAAUGAACAUUACAUUCUCUGCCAACCGCUCUGGUGGACAUCCCUGCAGUCAGCAUGCCAAUUGCACACUCCCUCAAACCGUGCGACAUCGGUGGCAUUGUGCUGUGUGAAAAAACUGCACAUUUUAGAGUGGCCUUUUAUUUUCCCCAUCACAAGUUGCACCUGUGUAAUGAUCAUGCUGUUUAAUCAGCUUCUUGAUAUUCCACACCUGUCAGGUAGAUGGAUUAUCUUGGCAAAUGAGAAAUUCUCACAAACGGGGAUGUAAACAAAUUUGUACACAAUUUGAGAACAAUAAGCUUUCUGUGCAUAUGGAACAUUUCUGGGAUAUUUUAUUAAAGCUCAUGGAACAUGGGACCAACACUUUACAUGUUGCAUUUAUAUUUUUGUUCAGUGUAGAUACGAAUCGUGUUGAAAGGGAAAGAUGCACAUCGCUACUAGUCAUGAAUGUUGUAUGAUCUUGAGAUGCCCUGCAGCCAUCCAGAAGCAGCUUGGUAUGAUGAAAAACGGGGCGGGAGGUCUGAGCAUCUUCCUGGGCCUGACUGGAACCAAGGAGGAGCUGGGCCUCAAAGCAGACAACUACUGGAUCUUCACAGAGCACAACAUGGAUGAACUGUAGGUCCUUCCUCUCUCUUUGUUUAACACUAAAUGUUUGGCGUGCCCCCAUAGGCCCCACUGUCUAAUGAUUUACUUUAAUUCAACACCUUAGAAUUUGUCCUUAUUAACAUACACUGAGUAUACCAAACAUUAGGAACACCUUCCUAAUAUUGAUUUGCACCCCCCUCUUUUGCCCUCAGAACAGUCUUAAUUCGUCGGGGCAUGGACUCUACAAGGUGUCGAAAGUGUUCCACAGGGAUGCUGGCCCAUGUUUACUCCAAUGCUUCCUUAAGUUAUGUUGUCAAGUUGGUUGGAUGUCCUUUGGAUGGUAUAGAAUCCAUGUCUCAGUUGUCUCAACUUAAAAUCCUUCUUUAACCUGUCUCCUCUCCUUCAUCUACACUGAUUGAAGUGGAUUUAACAAGUUACCUCAAUAAGGGAUCGUAGCUUUCACCUGGUCAGUCUACAGUAUGUCAUGGAAAGAGCAGGUGUUCUUAAUGUUUGUAUACUCAGUGGAUUUUGAGAGAGACCUGUAUUACUGUGACAUUACAUAACCUAUGGUACAUGAGUCUGUGAUAGUGAUUCUGUAUUUCACUACCUUUUACUUUGUGCAUCAAAGAUUGUGGUAUUACAGUAAUCUGUUUGGUAAAAACUAAAAUGCAGUGUUGUCAAACAGACAGUAUCAGUUCACACUCACUACACUUAUUUCACAACAUGUUUGGAACCUCAAUAGAUAUUCACACUGUUUAACAAGCACGGUCUAUAUGUUUUACAUCAUUGCCAGAAUUUGAGAAGGGUGAAGUGUUCUUUACUGUAUUGUUAAAGAGCCUACAGUAUCUUACUAAACCCAUUAUUUGGAUGUUACAGGGUUGACACCUAUUUGAAGGGAAACAGGGAGGAGUCAGCAAAAAGUGUGCCACUCUUCUUUGUGGCCUCUCCAUCAGCCAAAGACCCCACCUGGGAGGAACGAUCACCAGGUACAGAAACAAAACUAGUGUUGGCACUGAUAUUCACCAUACUAAAUUAUUUAAUUAUUUUGAUCCUUGGAAAUGCAUAAUCCAAUGACUUACUUAACUUAUUUAAACCCUUGGCUCCUAUAAGGAGCCUAAUCCAUUGACUAAUGUCCUAUAUCUUACUCGGUUCGGGGCAAGUUUUUCCAGGUUGUACCAGUUGAGUCUGCUCUCGCCAUAUCGGCCUGGACAUCUCCUCCAGGUGUUUCUGGGUUGACCUUUCUUUCUUUUCCCCUGAGGUUUGCAGUGUUGGGUGUUAGGCCCUAGUUUUAUUCCUGAUGAUGUGAGACUGACUGUUAUGAUGAGUUUCUCGGGUGUUCAAGGAUGCAAGAAUAUAGUUAGACACUUUGUAGAAAGUUAAUGCAAAUGUUUAAUGAUCGGUACCGGGUUCGUUACAACAAUGACCAGAGCUUUGCCCUUGUUGUUACGCGCUAACUUGAACAAAAGAGACACUACCUUGUAUACCUUCUGUUACCCUCUUUUUGGCCUACAUCUGGUAAGUCUCCAUGGGCACUCCCUGUCUUUGAUGUUCAUCACCCUUACCCCAAGUCAGUAUCCUGUCCAUCACUCAUGCUAUCCUAAACAUCACUCAUCUACUUUGACAUAAGGAAUGUAGACUUCAUGGCCCCAAACCAAUUAUCUCGUAACCCUAUCUCUGUCCUCACAAUACUAUGACAUGACAUCAUUACACUGUCUUUUGUUCUUUUAUUGUGAUAUUUUUGAUUUACUUCAUGGUAACGCAGACGAGACAACAGUUAGGACAAAAUACUAAAGACAACAUACAACAGGAUUCUGUAGUUUUCUAUUAGGUACCAGAUGGUUGCUCUGUCCAUGCUAUCAAAUGCCUUUUCAAAGUCUGUUAAGUUGAUUUGUUCCAUUCUAUUGACUGUCCAGUGUUGAUGCAUUAGUGUUGCAAUGUGUUCCUGAACCCAGCCUGCUGGUCUCUGAUGUACAACAUACCAAAACAUUUUGUAAUUUAGAUUGUUGGAAAUGCACACAUAACUACAUUAUCUGAUGCCAUCAGAAUGAAGGCUGAACAGACAUGUUUCAACCCAUUCUUCACAGGCAAGUCCACCCUGAGUCUGGUGAGCUUUGCUAACUAUGAGUGGUUUGAGGAGUGGAAGGAUGACAAGGUGACCAACAGAGGGACUGAUUACAAGGAGCUGAAGCAGAUAUUCUGUGACUCGAUUCUGGAGGUGGUGAUGAGUGUCUUCCCCAAGAUUACCAAGGACAAGGUAGAGCGUUUAGCCCAUUCAUACUAAACUCUGGUAGACUGCUUUUUGCAGGAAACUAACAUCUUGAUGGUGGAUGCACUAGUAACAUAGACAAGGUUCCUUUCAAUUUUGACAAAUGGUGUAACUUGAAACCUCAAUGGAAAGUAAUUGAUACCCUGUUCACAAUGCAUACAUCUCCCAUUUUUCUCUCUGUCUGUCUUUUAGGUUGAGUUCAUCGAUGCUGGAACACCCAUAACAAACACACACUACAUUGGAGCCCCUAAAGGGGAGAUCUAUGGAGCAGACCAUGGCACUUCUCGUUUCAGCGCUGAGUGCAAUGCCACCGUGAGGCCCCAGACACCCCUGAAGAACCUCUACCUCACAGGUCAGUAUCUUAUACAGCUGAUCAGGUCCAAGGAUAUGUUAUAGAGAAGCUAUAUGUCUAUGUUUUUGAUAGACUAACAAAUGUCUUAGCACUUGGAUAAGUCAUAAGUUUGACAUCAAUAUUACUAAAGGUCUAUAUUGGCUCUGGUUUCUACCGCGUGUUGAUGUUCUGUGUGCAGGUCAGGACGUGUUUGUGUGUGGCUUUGCUGGAGCGCUGGCUGGGGCUCUCACCUGUGGUUCUGUCAUCCUCAACCGUAACCUGCACCUGGAUGCCAUCGCUCUGGCCAAGAAGACCAAACGCGUCGACACCAAGAAGUUGUGAAGUAACACCACUGACCGCCUCCCUCGACCCGUUGUUGCUCCGGGUGAGGUUUUCCCUAGGUACAGAUCUAGGAUCAACUUCCCUUCCCCCCAAUCCACAUUAGUGGGGAAAACGCUAAACUGACCCAAGAUCAGCAUCUAGGGGCAACUUCACCCCACUCCACCCAGCUCACCAAAGCUUCAAUAACACCAGCCUCUGGUCCUACAUUCAACACAGUGA